CAGUUUACAUUUGGGAACCGUACGGACAACUCGCAAGAGUUUCAAAAUUCAAGCCUUUUUUUCUAAUAUUGCAAUAGACAAACAUGGCGCGUAGACCUUUAGGUCCUGGUCCCGGCGCUUACGGGUUGCCCCCAACCGUGGGGUAUGAUAAGCACGAUACCCGGAAACAGCGAAUGCCACAAUACUCCUUCGGGGCUCGUACCAACAUGAUGGGUCCUGAUCCGGGACCAGGACCAGGUGCCUAUCAGGUAGAUAAACUUACGCGCUAUGGCCGAGGAGGGGGUUUCCAAUACACCAUGGGCCCCAUGACAAAAAUUAUUGACAAAAGAGUUGGUCCCGGUCCCGGCGCACACGAUGUUCAUAAUAAGCCAUUUUUCAAGGGGGUUUCUGCGCCAGCCUACUCAUUGGGUAAACGGAAUGAAUUCAGUUUCAAGAAGUACGGACCUGGUCCGAGUGCCUACAAGUUCGAAGUCAGUCCCAUAAAGCCAUCCGCUCCAGCAUAUAGCAUGGGCAUCCAAGCGAAGUUAAAUCGCAAGGCCGAUUCGCCUGGCCCGGCGGCAUAUGCUGCGGGAGAUCUGAAUCUUAAGCUAUGUCGUGCGCCUCAGUAUUCCAUGAGGCCGAUUUGUAAUAUGCGUAAAGAGAACGUUGGUCCCGGUCCUAAUUACUAUGAUUUGAUGUACUAUCGUCCUGGAAGAUCGGGGCGCGCCUACUCAUUUGGUGUGCACCACUCGCCAUAUGCUCCACCAAUGAUUGUUAGAUGUGAUAAUAUGUAAAUUUGCAAUAUUAGAAAAAUGUCUUAGUAAUAAAAUACGAAUUUAUAAUUAACUUGAA